UUAGAACCAAACAAAAAAAAACACAUUGAGUAGCAUCAUCCCAUGUUCUUGGAACAGCCAAAUAACAUUUUUAUUCUUGAAUAUAACUCGUCUCCCGACAACAAACUCAUAAAAACAAAAGAGGUUUAAGUAGGUGGACAAAAGAAGAUGGGAGCAUAUAGAGCAGAAGACGAUUACGACUACCUCUUCAAGGUGGUCUUAACCGGAGACUCCGGGGUCGGAAAAUCAAACCUGUUAUCUCGUUUCACCAGAAAUGACUUCAGCCACGACUCACGUGCAACCAUCGGUGUGGAGUUCGCCACACGUAGCAUAAAAUGCGAUGACAAGAUCGUCAAAGCUCAAAUCUGGGACACAGCCGGCCAAGAAAGGUACCGAGCCAUCACGAGCGCUUACUACCGAGGAGCCGUCGGUGCGUUACUAGUUUACGACGUGACGCGUCACGUAACGUUCGAGAACGUUGAGAGGUGGCUAAAGGAGCUAAGGGACCACACAGACGCAAACAUUGUGAUAAUGCUCGUUGGCAACAAAGCUGAUCUUCGUCAUCUUAGAGCUAUCUCAACGGAAGACGCAAAGGCCUUUGCGGAGAGGGAGAACACUUUUUUCAUGGAGACGUCUGCACUUGAAGCUCUGAACGUUGAGAAUGCUUUCACCGAAGUUUUGACUCAGAUUUACAGAGUUGUUAGCAAGAAGGCUCUUGAAGCUGGAGAUGAUCCAACCACGGCUUUGCCUAAAGGACAGACGAUUAAUGUCGGAGGCAGAGAUGAUAUCUCAGCUGUUAAAAAACCUGGUUGCUGCUCUGCUUAGACACACACACUUGUCUCUCUCUCUGUCUUUCUUGUAUUUUCAUUUUAACUAAUUAUCAUGCAAAUUUGUAUACAUUCUUGUAAUUAUCAGAGAAACAAAGUUCAUACUCAGUGAGGACGUGAUAGACUAGGCCUAGGCCAGUUGGGUUCGGUUUGGUUUGAUUCAGAUUUUUGAAUUUUUGGUAUAAUGUUUAUAGGUUCCAUUCGGGUUUUACUAAUUAUUGGUUCGAGUUUGAUUCGGUUCCUUCCAGAUUUGGUUCGGAUCGAUUAGAACCAAUGUCUGAAAUAACCUUAAAACAUUUUUCAAAAACUAAAAAAAUUGACAAACAAAUACUCAAAAUAUAUUAAUUAUUCACAAACCUAAUUAAAAAUUAGCUAAACUAUCUAAACUAAUUAAAAAUAGUCAAAAUAACAAAUAAAACAAACUACAAAAAUCUUUUAAAAUAAAACAUCCAAACUACCUUAAUAUAUAUAUAAACAUUAACAUAUAUAACUAAUUUCAGAUAUUUGCGAUUUGGCUCUGGUUAUAUCCAAACCGUAAAGUACCAAAUUCUUAAAUUUGGUUUUGGUUAUACCCAAACUCUAAAGUACUCUACGGUACCAAGCUCUGAAGUUUUGUUUUUGUAAAACGGUUAAGAUCAAGUUUUGUUUUUGUAAAACGGUUAAGAUCGAUUUUUUAUUUUUUUUUUGUUCGGAUUAAGGCAAGGGAGUUCGGUCUGUGGGUAGUGCUGGGUUUGCGGGUCAACCCGCCCCGACCCGCUGCGGGUUGAAUCAUUUUUUUGAUUCAAAAAAUCGACCCGCAUAACUCACAAACAAAAAAAUUUCUAUCCGCACCCGCCCCGCAAAAACCCGCGGGUAACCCGCUUAACCCGCGGGUAAUAUUAAUUAUAUUAAAAAUAAUUAUUUUAAUUAAAAAUAAUUAUUAUAUAGUUAAAAAAUAUUAUUUUUAAAAAAUUAUAUUAAAAUAAUAUAUUAAUAAUUAAAAUUAUAUAAAUAUUUACGAGAUUUAAUAUAUUUUUUAUAAAAAAACAUUUUUUAAAAAAAAAAAAUCUUUUUUUCUUAAAUUUGCGGGUUAACGAGUACCCGCGACUCAAAUUCGACUGACCCGCACCCGCCCCGCUUAAAAUAAUCUUGACCCGCACCCGCACCCGCCAUUGCAAAUUUUCAAAUUCUUCGACCCGCACCCGCCCCGCAGCGGGUCAAAUGGGGCAGGGCCCGCGGGCAUUAAUUAAAAUUCCCAGCUCUAUCUGUGGGUAAAUACGCCCAGGCAUAUGAUAGACUAAGAGCAAGAACGGUGUUAUCAUUCAAGUUUCAGACUGUAUAAGAACACAAUAAAACGAUAACCAAAACGGUUACAUAACUCGUCAUCUGCAUUCGAAAAUGCAUCAAAAUACAUAUAAACCGGAAUGUCACCUCCCAUAGACUGAAUCUUUAAAAAAAAGCAGUCUCCUUCUCAACUUUUACUUGUGGUUAGAAGAAACAAGCUCUCUCAAACUCCAUGACAGUCUUCUUCUGCAUCCCCUUUCUUGUUAUAUAUAC